UGUUGCCAUCGGGUACCCUCCUGAGAUCCUGGCCUACAAGUAUGACCCCACCUUCCCCACCCGGGGGCUGGUAUUCGAUGCCCUGUACGGGAACCUGCUGAAGGUGGAUUCCCAUGGGAACCUGCUGGUCUGUGCCCAUGGCUUCCGUUUCCUCAAGGGAGCCGAAAUCCUGCACUAUUACCCCAACAAGUUCAUCCAGCGGGAUGACAUGAAGCGCUUCCACAUCCUCAACACCCUCUUCAACCUCACAGAGGCCCACCUCUAUGCCUGUCUCGUGGACUUCUUCACCAACUGCUCCAGAUAUGUCAACUGUGACACUGGCUACAAGCACGGGAACCUCUUCAUGUCCUUCCGCAGCAUGUUCCAGGAUGUGCGCGAGGCCAUGGACCACGUCCACCUCUCGGGCUGCCUCAAGGAGAAGACGCUGGAGAACCUGGAGAAAUAUGUGGUGAAGGAUCCCCGUGUGCCGCUGCUGCUGAGUCGCAUGAAGGAGGUGGGGAAGGUCUUCCUGGCCACCAACAGUGACUACACCUACACUGACGCCAUCAUGUCCUACCUGUUUGACUUCAGCAAUGAGGACAAGGUGAGUCUGUCCCCAUUGUGGGCUGCCUGGGUAUUGUAGCAGCAGGCCCCUGAACAGGGUAAUAAUUAGCAUUGACUCCAUGAUUCCAGAAGGCUGAUCAAUCACUUUCUUAUACUAUACUGUAUUAUACUGUGAGAAAACCCAUCACCCUUCAGACAGUCCAGACAGUCCGAUACGGCUUUUUCCAGAUUGAAUCCAAACACCAUCACCGCAGGCCAGUUAAGAAAUCACCCCUUGUUAAACAAAUCUCCACAGCACAUUCCACAUGUUCACAACAGCAGGUGCAGCAAGUGAGGAUAAGAACUGUUGAUCACUCUUUUCUCUGAUCUUCUCACAGCCUCCCCCAGCACAGUGCCUGGGAAAGCUGUGCCUGCUGCUCUCCGUGGAGAGAGCCCCAGCCACAGAUACGAUUUUCCGGAGUUUGCUAUUCCUAAUUCAUCAAUAGAGUGAGAGGUUUUUACUCCAGAACCAAUCCAGCCUUGGUUUAGCGAGUCGGGUUAUAAAAGCUGCACCGUUUCCUCCGUCCAGCGCCUCGGAUGAUGAUUCUCCACCUCUGCCGAGCGGAGUCUCUGCUCCGUCCCUGACUCAACGGCGAGCCCUGCAGAGCCCGCGUGGAAGCGCAGCCCUUCGGCACCGGACGCCUCUCGAGGGUGUCCAUGCUGAGGACAUCUCAACAGUGCUGUCCCUCGUGCCCCAGGCAGAGAAAUUUACCAAAUUCUGCAUCUGCCAAGAAAAGCUGCUGGCCCGGAGUGGCCCCUUUGAUGUGCUGCAGCGGUACAGAGAAGGAGUCAGCGCUGGGGCUGAGGACAAAGGAAGAAGACCCCAGACAAGACGACCUCAGACAAAACACCUUCUCUUGGUGUUUUCUUAUGGCUGUAGAUCUUCACAGCACAGACUCCUUCUUCUGCAUGUUUCUUAGUCAUGGCUCCUUCCAGUGGUCUU